AUGCGAUCGAAUCACACAGCCAGUGAUCUCUCGGUGUGCUUCACAUCACCGGACUUCUCGCAAGCAGGAAGCUGCCAUCAGCACAAUGCUUGCAGGGCGCAACAAAAGAAUUCAUUCGACGUGAGCUCCAUUCCUCUGCCGACCGGUUGGCAGGUCGGCAAGGCGCCCAAUGGCAAGCCUUUCUUCCUCAACCACAAUGACUUUUCUACUCAUUGGUGCCAUCCACUGUUACUGCAUCACGACCUGCCACCUGGCUGGGAGAACAUCGAAGAUGGAGAUGGCAACAUUGUCUACUACAACCACAAAGAUCGCGUGACUACACGCUUUGCUCCUGAUGUGCGCACGACUGACGGUGCCACCCACCAAUCGGCACUGCAUUGCCCAUUCUUUGCCCUCUAUACUUGCAGCCACAUUCUGCGCUUGGCCGGUGAGGGUGACGCAGACACCUCGACGGUGAUUGAGCUUGAUGAGAAGCGCUUUCCCUGGAUCAAGGCUCUCCUGCACGACCCGGCUGAGAUUGGCCCUACCAUUGCCUGGGACUCGCUCUCUGCCGAGGACAUUGAUGAUGUUCUCUUUCAGCUGUCGCAGGCACACCUGCUCCGUCUGCGUGAGCUUCAGGAACAGGACAAGGGUUUCAAUGCCAUGGAACGAGCACGUAAGCGUCUGAAGCAAGCCCGUGAAUAUGUGUGCUGGCAGGGCGCCCGCCGUAAAACCCUGAUCUAA